AUUAUUUAAACCCUAUUUCAAGACCAAAGAGAGUACACAUGUGGUUCAAUCUCCCACACACAAACAAAGACGGACCCAAAACAGUUAAGCAACAAACAAAAGAAAAGAUGGACUUCAACCCAAUCUUACUUCUAUCUUUUCUGCUUAUCUUGAUCUCAAUCAAGUUCUUGUUCAAAAACUCGACUCGGAAACUGAAUCUUCCUCCUUCACCUGCUUACUCUUUACCGUUUAUCGGCCACCUCUAUCUCCUCAAGCACCCUGUCCAGCGAACACUCCUCUCCCUCUCUCAAUCACUAGGAGAUACUCCUAUCUUCCACCUCCGCCUAGGAAACCGCCUCGUCUACGUCGUCUCCUCGUAUUCUGUAGCGGAAGAAUGCUUCACAAGAAACGAUGUCGUUCUAGCGAACCGUCCCGAGCUCAUCAUGGGGAAACACGUCGCCUACGACUCCACCAUCAUGAUUGCAGCUCCUUACGGCGACCACUGGAGAAACCUCCGCCGCGUCGCCGCCGUCGAGAUAUUCUCUUCUCUUAGGGUCGUAACCUUCAUGUCUAUCCGUAAAGACGAGAUCCGACGGCUCAUAUCACACCUGUCGAGAAACUCUUUACACGGGUUUGCUGAAGUGGAGAUGAAAUCAUUAUUAGCCAACUUGGCUUUCAACAAUAUCAUCAGGAUGGUAGCCGGAAAACGAUAUUUCGGUAGUGGCACAGAAGACAAUGACGAGGCCAAAGUUGUGAGGGAACUUAUAUCGGAGGCGGUGGCCGGCGCUGGUGCUGGAAAUCUAGCUGACUAUCUUCCCAUCAUACGUUGGGUCACAGAUGUUGAAAAACGGGCCAAACUUUUGGGUAAACGGUUCGAUGGAUUCUUGCAAAAACUGGUUGAUGAGAAACGUGCAGAGAAAGAAAGGGGUCAAACCUUGAUCGAUCACUUGCUUUCCCUCCAAGAAACCCAACCCGAGUAUUAUACUGAUAUCAUCAUCAAAGGAAUCAUAAUCUCUCUGGUAAUUGCGGGGACAGACACAUCCUCAAUAACUCUAGAAUGGGCAUUGUCCAAUUUGUUGAACCAUCCAAAGAUACUUGAGAAAGCAAGAGCAGAAAUAGAUGAUAAAAUUGGUUCAGACCGGUUAAUUGACGAAUCAGACAUUGAAAAUCUCCCUUAUCUCCAGUACAUCGUGUCUGAAACAUUGCGUUUGUACCCACCGGUUCCUCUACUCCUCCCACAUUAUUCAUCGGAUGAUUGUAAAGUGGCGGGAUACGAUAUGCCACGUGGCACAAUGUUGUUAACAAACGUGUGGGCUAUGCAUAGAGAUCCUGGUGUAUGGGAAGAGGCAGAGAGGUUCAAGCCGGAGAGGUUCGAGAAAGAAGGAGAGGCUCAAAAGCUAAUGCCGUUUGGGAUGGGACGACGAGCUUGUCCUGGAGUUGAGCUUGGGAAGCGUCUAGUGAGCCUGGCUCUUGGGUGUUUAAUUCAGUGUUUCGAGUGGGAGAGAGUUGGUGAAGAACUUGUGGACAUGAUGGAAGACAAAGGGCUCACUAUGCCUAAAGCUAUUCCAUUGCGAGCCAAGUGCAAGUCACGUGUCGUUACCCGUAAAAUGAUACAGUCUAUGUAAUUGUUUGUGUAGAACCCCAUAUUGAUGGUUUAUUAAGAAUUUUGGAAUUAAA